AUGGCGGUUUCGCCUUUGGUCCCUCACGCUUCAUCAGUUGCAGCUUUAAGCUCAAAUGCAGGCAAUAAGUUCGAGAAUGACUCUGGCACCAACUCACCUAACAAGACGAAGCGCUCAUCGUCGCCCCAGCGCAUGAAGAACCCUGACCGUGAGAUCACGGAGCAACUUAACGACGAUGUGAGGCACAAGUACAUAAAAGAUAAGAAGUUGGGUGAGGGAACUUAUGCUGUAGUGUUUCUCGGACACCUCCGCACCGACCCAUCGUCAUUUGUUGCAAUAAAGAAGAUCAAGGUCAAUGCUGAAUACAAGGAUGGGCUUUCUAUGGACGCUAUCCGAGAGGUAAAAUAUCUCCAAGAGCUUUCUCAUCCAAAUAUAAUCGCACUCCACGAUGUGUUCUCGUCCAAGGAUCAAAACCUAAAUCUGGUCCUCGAAUACCUGCCACGCGGUGAUCUUGAGAUGCUCAUCAGGGAUAGCAAUAUUCAUUACGGUGCCGCCGAUGUUAAAGCCUGGAUGGGCAUGCUUGCUAGGGGUGUUUGGUUCUGUCACGAAAAUUACAUCCUGCACCGAGAUAUCAAACCAAACAAUCUUCUAGUCGCCGCUGACGGCGAGGUCAAGCUGGCAGAUUUCGGUUUGGCCAGGUCCUUCGCCGACCCAUACUUGAAUAUGACACACCAGGUGAUCACACGCUGGUAUCGACCCCCCGAGCUGCUUUUCGGUGCGCGACAGUAUUCUGGAGCUGUCGACGUUUGGUCCAUGGGAAUGGUUUUUGCUGAACUCCUUCUACGGGUUCCAUUUGUCGCAGGGAAUUCAGACUUGGAUCAAAUCUCCAAGAUUUGCGAAGCCUUCGGGACACCAACUGAGGAGAACUGGCCAGGCGUGACUAGAUUGCCAAAUUACAUACCUGCCGAUCCGAAUCAUAUUGUGCCUUUACAAGGUCGAGAUUUCUUUCUCCGGCAGUUUCCCACGGCUGGGCCUGUUGGGGCAGAUUUGCUCAUGUCGAUGUGUACCCUGGACCCCAGAAAACGAGGCACCGCCUGCCAAAUCCUACAACACGGCUGGUGGCUUGCUGAACCGAAGCCAACUAAGAAACAAGAUCUUCCUAGAAAAGUUGGCGGAACCAAAAAGAUGGGCGAUGAUUUAACGAGGCGAGGUGGGGAGCUUGACGAUACUUCCUUUAAAAAUGCCGCUCGACAAUUGGAUUUUGGCGCGGCAAGGGACUGA